GGAUGCUUAGGUGCACUUGAUGGUACAUAUAUACCUGUUCGUGUUCCUUCACACAUGCACGGUCGGUAUCGGAAUCGAAAAACUUCCAUUUGCGUAAAUGUUCUUGGUGUAUGUAAUCGAGAAAUGAAUUUCUCAUACGUACUAACUGGUUGGGAAGGGUCCGCGGCAGACAGUCGUGUCCUACGGGAUGCUGUGCACAGGAAUGGAGGGUUGCGUGUACCCAUCGAUGACUUUGGUGAUGGUAAUCGUGCGCCUACAAACUAUCGAGAAUUGUUCAACUUAAGACAUGCUAGGGCACGAAAUGUGAUAGAGCGGUCAUUUGGUGUUUUGAAGAUGCGGUGGGCUGUCCUUAGGAGCAAAACAUUUUUCAGUAUAGCCACGCAGAAUAAAAUAAUACUUGCAUGUUGCUUACUUCAAAAUUACAUCCGCGCAUCUAUGAAUGUCGACCCGAUGGAAUUUGAUGGAGAAUCUUUUGUGAGUCAAUCUGAAAACCAUAGUGGUGAAGAUCCCCCUGAAUAUGUAGAUGUUGUAGAUCCCACUCCGGAAUUUUCAAAUUGGAGGGAUACCUUGGCGAUAUCUAUUGUUGAUUCCAGUUCAUUAAUGGUGUCAUCUGCUACCGGGGGAAGAAAUUCUAAAUCAAACGGCAAUCGACGGGUAUGGACGAUGGAGGAAGAACGUGCAUUAAUAAAUGGACUAAAGGAACUUGUAUCUCGUGGCUGGAAAUGCGACAAUGGUUUCAGAAAUGGCUAUACUGCGUUGCUGGAAAAACAUAUGUCUGAUGUUUUCCCAAACACCGACCUUAAAGCAGAACCUCAUAUAUCAUCAAAGAUUAGCGUGUGGAAAAAAAAUUAUGGUUUAAUAGCCGGUAUGAUGGCGACCUCCGGCUUUGGUUGGAGUGAUACCGGAAACAUGGUGACUGUGAGGGAAGAAGACGUAUGGAUUGAAUACCUAAAG